AUGAAGCCUGCAAACCCGCGCCCCAAAGCGAAGACUGACGAGCACCUUGUGUUCCUGUAUCUAUGCUUGGUCAACUCAGGAGGGGCUAAUAAUAUCGAUUUCAAUGCCGUCGCUGUGGCUUCGAACAUCAACGUCCCAGCCGCGCGUAUGCGCUGGGCCCGCCUGAAAGCCAGAAUCGAGAAAGAAAUGGCCGAUGGCUCUAGCGAUCCCAACGCGGGUGAACCGUCUGCCGCGUCUACGCCUACCGCCUCUCCCGAGAAGACAGCCUCACCUUCGAAGAAACGCUGUGUGAAGCGGAAGAACAAAAGUGAGCCUGAAGACGACGGUGUUGCUGAAAACAAUGACGAGAGCAACCCUACUGCGGAGGCAAGUUAG